AUGGCUUCUGCAACUGCUACUCUUUCCACUCUCUCUUCUUCUUUCCAAACCCAUUCUUCAAUUUCCCAAACCUCAACAAAAUCCCAUUUCUCCAUUUCUCCACGUUUUUCCUCUCAAUCUUACAACCUCUCUUUCCAAUCCACUUUCUCACAACGCUUCUCUCUAUUACCCAUUCCCAAAUCCACUGAAUCUUCACUUGCAGUCGUUGAGUCCGAGUCUGAAGUUUCUCCAACAGAGCCCGAGUCUGAUUCCACUCAAAUUGUCCAAUCUCCCCCGUGGGAGAAGGGUCUUUUCGCAGUUGUAAUGAUCGGUGGACGGCAAUAUAUUGUUCACCCUGGUCGCUGGCUUGUUGUUCAGAGACUCAAAGAUGUUAAGGUUAACGACAAGAUUGCCCUGCAUAAGGUCUUACUGGUUGGCACCGAUACGUCCUGCUACAUUGGGAGGCCGAUAGUAACAAAUGCGGCAGUAUAUGCGACAGUGGAAGAUCAGGGUUUAGACAGCAAAGUAGUUGUAUUCAAAUACAAAAGAAAGAAACACUAUCAAAGAACCAUCGGUCACAGACAGCCAAAUACACGCAUUCGGAUAAAUAGCAUUAUGGGCUAUGAGGACUACCCAAAAGUUACUAUGGAAAAUAUUAAUUUGGAAUCGUCAUGA